AUGACUUGCCAUGCCGCCUUUUGGGCCUUCUCACGGGUCACCUGUACAACCAACUUCCAUACCAUUCCCAAGAGAGGAUUCGUCGCGAAGAGUAGCAAGACAAACGUGCCGACGCCAGUUUGUGUAGUUGGAAGAGCUAGCCCGACAUCGAUAUCAUUUGGCUUUCUCAACGUCAAUGCAGUGAGUGAGGGCGCAGCAAAGUCAGAGACGGAGCGUCCCGCGCUCGAGUUGCGAAAGCGGUCGUGGACCAAGCGUGAGUCCCGAUACCGAGCCUCGAAUAACUAUUGGAUUGAGUUCAACUUGAGAACAGACGAAAGGCACAACAAGGCUGUAAAGCACGGAUAA